AUGCAAUAUUCGGAGGAGCAGGAUGCAUCUGUUUGGCCUGACUAUCUCAAGACAGAGACAGCGAUGAAGGGAACAGAUGAAGCUUCGAUCCCCACGACCGACACAACCGAGAAUGAGAACCCCGAGGAUCUCGAGGCGUUUGGCCUAUACGCAGUCAUGUCGCAGUGUUCGACUCGAUUACGGCGAAUGUCAACUGUCUCGACACUUCACGAGGGAGUCAGAAAUUCGCCAUCAGCGAAUCAGCCGCUGGUAAUCAACUGGCAAGGUCCCGAUGAUCCCGAGAACCCUCAAAACUGGAGUAUGGCGAAAAAGGUCUUUGUCAGCACUUUAAUCUGGCUACUCACAUUCGCCAUCUAUGAUGGCUCUGCCAUAUACACUCCGGGUAUUCCCAGUGUGUCUGAACAACUUGGCGUGAGCAGUGUUGCCGCGACCCUGGGUCUCACACUUUUCGUGGCCGGCUACGGAUUAGGCCCGAUGAUCUGGUCGCCGCUUUCUGAGAUCCCAAUGAUUGGCCGCAGUCCAACAUAUGUACUGACAUUGGUCGUCUUCGUCUUCUUCAACUUCGGCGUCAUCUACGCGAAGAAUUUCGGCAUGCUCCUGGCAUUUCGCUUUCUCACAGGAUUCAUCGGAUCACCCGCUCUUGCGACGGGCGCAGCUUCAAUGGGCGAUAUCUGGAGCCCCGGAAUUCGGGACUACAUGAUUGGAAUCUGGGGCAUGUUCGCCAUCUCCGCUCCAGUUUUGGGUCCAAUGCUCGGCGGAUUUGCCUUUUCGGCAAAAGGCUGGACAUGGACCAUCUGGCAACUGCUUUGGAUCUCAGCUCUUACCUUGGUGCUGUUUUUUUUUUGUCUUCCGGAGACAUUUGCACCGAAUAUACUUGCUCGCCGGGCCCGUCGCGUGCGUCGCAUCACGGGAAACUCACAAUACAUGUCCGAAUCCGAAUUGGAGAUUAAGGAAAUGAAAACAAUGGAGGUCCUCUUCGAAUCUCUCGUUCGUCCUUCCCAACUCUGCUUCAUGGAACUUAUCGUUCUGCUUCUCAACCUCUAUAUGUCACUGAUUUACGGUAUCCUCUAUAUCUGGUUUGAAGCCUUUCCAAUCAUAUUCGAAGAGAUCCAUGGCUUCAAUCCCGAACAAAGUGGACUUGCCUUUAUGUGA